AAGAAAAAGCAAAUGGAGAAAAGAAGAAACCAAUAACUUUUCCAGAAGAACUGCUCUUUCUCUCUCUCUCUCUCUCUCUGCAACUUUCCUCACUCUCACUCUCACUCUCACUCACUCCGUGCAAGCUUCCAUCAAUGGAGUCCCUGAAGCUCCACUCUCUCUGCAUUGUCUUCUUCGUCUUCUUCCUCACAUGCCCACUUUCUUCUUCUUCUUCUUCUUCUUCUUCUUCUUCUUCGACUACUACUACUACUACAGAUGCUGAUCUCCUCCUCACCAAAAUCAAGCCUUCCCUGCAGGGCCCAACAGACAGCCUUCUCCUCUCCUCAUGGAACGCCUCGGUGGCCCUCUGCCAGUGGAGAGGCCUCAAAUGGGUCUUCUCCAACGGGACCCCGCUCCCCUGCGGUGACGUAUCCUCUCCCUACUGGACCAACACCUCCCUCUACAGAGACCCCUCCGUCCACCUCCUCUCCCUUCAGCUCCCGUCGGCCAACCUCUCGGGCUCCCUCCCCAGAGAGCUCGGCGAGUUCUCUCUCCUCCAAAGCCUUUACCUUAACAUUAAUUCCCUCUCCGGGACCGUCCCCCUCGAGCUAGGGUACAGCUCUUCCCUGUCCGAAAUCGAUUUGGGAGACAAUCUCUUGAAUGGGGUCCUGCCCCCUUCCAUAUGGAACCUCUGCGAAAGGCUCUCGACACUACGGCUCCACGGGAACGCCAUUGCCGGGCCUCUCCCCGAGCCCGCGCUGCCGAACUCCACCUGCAGCAACCUGCAGUUUCUUGAUUUGGGCGGCAACCGCUUCUCGGGGGCGUUCCCCGAGUUCGUGACCCGGUUCUCGGGCCUCAAGCAGCUUGAUCUCUCGAAUAACCUGUUCUCGGGCACAAUUCCGCAGGCCUUGGCGGGGCUUAACAUCGAAAGGCUGAACCUUUCCCACAAUAACUUCACUGGGCAGCUCCCGAUUUUCGGUGGGACGAGGUUUGGUGUUGAUGCGUUUGAGGGGAAUGAUCCCGGGCUUUGCGGGGCUCCUUUGAGGGGCUGUGGGGAGAGCUCGAGGGUUAGCUCGGGGGCGAUCGCGGGGAUUGUGAUCAGCCUGAUGACUGGGGCGGUCGUGUCGGCUUCCCUGUUCAUCGGGUACAUGCAGAACAAGAAGAGGAAGGGUAGCGGAGGGAGUGAGGAAGAAUUGGAGGAAGGAGAGGAUGAGGAGAAUGGAGCAGUUGGUGGGGGAGAAGGUAAGCUCAUUCUGUUUCAGGGAGGCGAGCAUUUGACCCUCGAGGACGUUCUGAACGCCACGGGUCAGGUGAUGGAGAAGACGAGCUAUGGGACGGUUUAUAAGGCGAAACUCACCGAGGGGGGGACCAUCGCGCUUAGGCUGCUGAGGGAAGGGAGUUGCAAGGAUCGAGUCUCGUGCUUGCCUGUGAUUAAGCAGCUGGGAAGAAUUCGGCAUGAGAAUUUGAUCCCGUUGAGGGCUUUCUAUCAGGGGAAGCGCGGGGAGAAGCUCCUCAUCUAUGAUUAUCUACCCGUUAGGACCCUCCAUGAUCUCCUGCACGAAAGCAGGGCAGGAAAGCCAGUCCUGAACUGGGCGAGGCGGCACAAGAUUGCUCUUGGGAUCGCCAAAGGGCUGACCCAUCUCCACACGGGCCUUGAGGUCCCAAUCACUCAUGGGAAUGUCCGAUCAAAGAACGUACUUGUGGAUGAGUUCUUUGUGGCCCGACUUACAGAGUUUGGGCUUGACAAGCUCAUGAUUCCUUCCGUGGCUGACGAGAUGGUUGCCCUUGCGAAGAGCGAUGGUUACAAGGCCCCAGAACUCCAGAGGAUGAAGAAGGCCAGUUCCAGGACUGACGUCUAUGCCUUCGGGAUUCUCCUGUUGGAGAUCCUGAUUGGGAAGAGGCCUGGCAAGGGCGGGAGGAAUGGAGAGUUUGUGGACUUGCCGUCCAUGGUCAAGGUCGCAGUCCUGGAGGAGACAACAAUGGAGGUCUUCGAUGUGGAGGUCCUCAAGGGAAUAAGGAGCCCAAUGGAGGAAGGUCUAGUGCAGGCCCUGAAGCUCGCGAUGGGCUGCUGCGCCCCAGUGGCGUCAGUGAGGCCCACAAUGGACGAGGUUGUCAAGCAGCUCGAGGAGAACAGGCCCAGGAAUAGGUCUGCCCUGUACAGCCCAACCGAGACAAGAAGCGGAACCGGCACCCCUUUCUGAGCAAGCGGGUUUUCUUUUACCAGCAAUCCGUGAGUUUUUGCAUUCAUAACGACACUCCUCAGCUAGGAAGGAAAUCAAACUCAAUAGAGUGGGAGUUAUUAUAUUUUUAGGAUGGCAUACUUGUAUCUUUGAUGAAUUUGGAUUUGCGGAAUGUUUGGGAUGGUAGACAACGGCCUAAUCGUUGUGGUUAGUUUAGGAAUGGAAAGUAAAGGCGGUUUCAAUGUCACGUCGUUUGAUUCUAAUGCUUGUACAAUGAAGUUACAAACAAUUGUGCCA